UGCAGCCCUUUCCACAUUCCCAUUUAUAACGAAACCCCCCGUUCAAAAAGACUUCAUCCUCCCCAAAAAUGAAGCUCAAAGUCCUCACAGCUCUCGACCACGCCAAAACUCAGCUUUACCACUUCAAAGCCAUCAUCAUAGCCGGCAUGGGCCUCUUCACCGACGCCUACGACCUCUUUACUAUCACUCCCGUCCUCAAACUCAUCGGCAGAAUCUAUUACCAUUCCAACAAGGGCGGCACCACUCCCCCCAUCAUCUACACCGCAGUCAUCUCGGUCGCCCUCAUCGGCAUGAUCUUAGGCCAACUCCUCUUCGGCUUUCUCGGCGACCGCCUAGGCCGCCGCCGCGUCUACGGUCUUGCACUUCUCCUCAUGAUUUUCAGCUCCUUCGGCAGCGGCUUCUCCGUUUGCCGCACCCGUGGCUGCGUGCUCACCAGUCUCUGCUUCUUCCGCUUUCUCCUCGGAGUUGGUAUUGGCGGAGACUAUCCUUUGUCGGCGACUAUUAUGUCAGAGUUUGCGAAUAGGAGGACUAGGGGAUCGUUUAUUGCCGCAGUGUUUUCGAUGCAGGGAUUUGGUAUAUUAGUUGGAUCAGCGGUGACUAUGGCUGCAGCAGCCGCGUUCGAGCGGGUGGAUAAGAAGGUGAAGAUGCGUGGCCUGAUCGAUACGCCGGAGGGGGCUGAUAUGCUGUGGCGGGUGAUAUUGAUGAUGGGGGCGGUUCCGGCCGUAUUCACUUUGUAUUGGAGGAUGGCAAUGCCGGAAACUGCCAGGUACACGGCCUUGGUAGAGCAAAACGUGGUUCGAGCCAACCACGACAUAAGGAGAGUGCUAGUAGACCUAGACUUGCCCUCCAUUGACGAAGACACCGAGCUCGGAGCUCCAACGCGGCCCCUUUCUGAACCAUACGGCUUUUUCUCCAAGCAAUUCCUCCAAAUCCAUGGCCGCAAUCUCUUCGCCUGCGCCGCUGCCUGGUUCAUCAUCGACAUACCUUACUACGGUUCUACCCUUUUCCAAUCCAAGAUCUACGAACCCUGGUUCAAAGACCCUAAGCUUUACAACGCUUAUCGCGAAGCUUACAACGUCGCUAAGUUUCAAGCCAUUAUCGCCGCGGCAUCAACCAUUCCAGGGUACUGGUUCACCGUCUUAACCAUCGAUCGCAUCGGCCGGCGACCGAUCCAGAUCAUGGGAUUUAUUUUAAUGGCUGUCUUCCUCUUCUCUCUCGCCGGACCCUACGAUGCUUACUGGAAUGAUCACAUCAAGAAUGCUUGGUUUUUAGUUCUCUACGGCUUCACCUUCUUCUUCUCAAACUUUGGCCCCAACACUACGACCUUCAUCGUCCCGGCGGAGCUUUUUCCGGCACGGUUCCGGUGCUCAUGCCAUGGCAUAGCCGGCGCGGCCGGGAAGGUUGGAGCUAUUAUUGGCUCGGUUGGGUUUCUCUGGGCUUCUCGGAAUGAGAAGAAAGACAGCUUAGGGCGAGGGUGGAAACCGGGGAUCGGCAUGAUGCACUCGUUGCUCAUAUUAGGAGGGUGUUGCCUUCUAGGGGCAUUUAUCACCUAUUUCUUCAUUCCGGAGACCAAACUGACGUCCUUAGAGGACAACGAAGGCUCUGGAAGCAGAGAAGAAGAUGAACUGCAAAGGACAGGGCCGGUGAGUACAAACCAUUCCAGUAUUUUGCCACUUAACCACGCUUCCCCUUCUGUUUAAAGGCAUGUCCGCUCCAGCGGAGAAUUUAGCUGAAAUCUCACGGUUUGCUGAAUACAUGGCUUUUGGAAUUAGCCUGUAAGUAUACAGAACCUCCUAAAAUAUAUCGGCACCUUAAGAUUUCACUUAAGGAUCGAGGGAAUAGAGUUUGGAGUGGUAGAGCCAUGAGAAGAAGUUUCAUGUUGGUCAAAUAGUUAUAAUAAAAAAUGUAUUAUAAUACUCAGUUCACUGUAUUUAUAAUAAAAAAUGUUGGUCUUAGAAGAAGUUUGAUGUUGAUUUGUUGGUUGAGAGCUUAAGCUUUAAAUCAAGAGGUGGUCAUUGGUUCAAGUCUUUGUGUAUGCGUUGUAUGUGAAUUUGUCUUAAAUGAUCUAAAUGUACAAAAAAAA